AUGUCUCUGAGAAACCUAAUUCUUACAUGCCACUACAACGGUGUUUUUACAACAAAUAGCCCCGACGGUUUUUCGUUCAGCAACACGGAUACGUACGCGUUUAAAAUUCAUGUGAAUUCUGAUUUUUCCCAUUUGAAAGAUAGAAUGGAAAAAAAAUUGACACGAAGCGUUUCAGAAAUAUUUUAUCGCCAUCCAACACUUAUUGAAGACGCGCGUACAAUUUUUUACUUAAUGACGCCGAUCAGAAACGACGAAGAUGUGAUUGCAAUGUUUCGGUGCCACACGAUGUUUGAUAACUUACAUACAAUUGAGUUGUAUGUUCGACUAAUAGACAACCCCGAAACAUUUCCAACACAAGAGACACAGUCACACUGCUACGGGUACAGUCAAACAUCCGACGACGAGCCAACACAAAACAACCUCCCUUUCAUACCAAAUGAGGAGGUUGGAGAAGCAAGCGACGACGAUAUCCAGGAGGCCAGGAUGCAAGAUAUUUUUGGUGACAGUGAUGACGAAGACAAUGAAGAUAUGGACGUAACGCCGCCGAUCCGUGCACAACCAAUAAGUUUGUACAACCCGCCCACUCACAUGCAAAAUAUAUGUGACGAAAACGACAAUACAACCUCCGUGUUUGAAAAUGCUACUCAAAACCAUGUAGGUGAAGAAAUCGAAGUUGGAAUGGAGUUCGACGACAAGGAUGCUUGUGUAUUUGCUCUGCAGCAUUGGCACAUAACACACAGUGUUGACUAUUGGGUGCAUAAGUCUGACAAUAAACGGUAUGUCAUUAAAUGUAAGAAACAAGACUGCGGUUUCAAGUGCAGAGCUUCUUUGAGAAAAAGGAGCUCGAAAUGGGUGAUAGGUAAGUUGUCUGGGGCACACACAUGCAGUUCAACGUCUAUGGCACAAGACCAUAGGAAGCUCAGUUCAGAAAUGGCUAGCCAUAGCAUCAGGGAACUUGUCAACACCGACGCCUCACUCAAGGUAAAAGUGAUCAUUGCCCAUAUUCUAGAAAAAUACGGGUACAUCAUAUCUUAUAAGAAGGCGUGGAUCGCUAAGUGCAAGGCGGUAGAGUCGCUUUUUGGAAAUUGGGAAACAUCUUACAACGACCUACCGCAGUGGUUACUGGUAAUGAAAACCUUUCUUCCAGGAACCAUUAUAGAUUUAGAAACACUACCUGUGAUAUCAAAUGAAGGUUACCAACUCUCUGGAAAACGAAUAUUUCAUCGUUUGUUUUGGGCAUUUCGUCCGUGUAUACGUGGCUUCGCCUACUGUAAGCCCAUUGUGCAGGUAGACGGAACUUGGUUGUAUGGUAAGUACAGAGGAACUCUAUUGAUGGCGGUGGCACAAGAUGGGAAUGCAAAUAUUUUCCCAAUAGCCUUCGCAUUGGUCGAAGGUGAAACAAAGGAAGCGUGGAGUUUUUUCCUGAGGAACCUAAGACUACACGUGACACCGCAACCAAAUUUGUGUCUAAUAUCAGAUAGACACGAAUCGAUAAAGAGUGCAUACAACAAUCCCGAAAACGGAUGGCUUCAACCAACAUCCUCCCAUGUCUACUGCAUAAGGCACAUCGCUCAAAACUUCAUGCGCGAGAUCAAGGACAAGGCUCUACGCAAAAAACUUGUUAACAUGGGUUACGCAUUAACAGAGGCUACAUUUAAUUACUACCGCGGAGAAAUCAGAAAAACAAACAUUGAGGCUUCGAACUGGAUAGACAACAUUCCUAGGGAGAAGUGGGCCAGAGCAUUUGAUGGAGGGCAACGUUGGGGACAUAUGACAUCUAACUUGGCAGAGACAAUAAACUCUGUACUAAAGGCAACAAGAAACCUUCCCAUCACUGCAUUAGUCCAGUCUACGUACUAUAGAAUGGGUUCGCUCUUUGGUAAAAGAGGUCACAAAUGGACCAAGAUGUUAUCUUCAGGGAAAGUGUUUACAGAUGGUUGUAACAAAGGCAUGGCUGAAGAGGUAGCUAAGGCUAACACACACAACGUCAUGCAAUUUGAUCGCGAAAGAUUCUGUUUCAUGGUGCAGGAAAGGACUAACUAUAACGACGGUCGUCCAACGGGUACUUUCCGUGUUGACUUGCGUAGUCGAUUCUGUGACUGUGGAAAGUUUCAGGCAUUUCACUUGCCUUGCUCUCACGUGAUAGCGGCAUGUUCUAGCAUACGACAGGACUACACAAUUCACAUUCCAGAGGUCUUCAAAGUUCUAAGCGUGUUCAAGGUCUACCAGGAGAGCUUCCUGGGACUACCGCACGAGGAUAACUGGCCAAAGUAUGAAGGUUUUACUCUAUGCCACGACGAUUCCAUGAGAAGAAAUAAAAAAGGGCGUCCACAUAGUACUAGAAUUAGAACUGAGAUGGACGACGCAGAAAAAGAGCAAAGAAGAUGUGGUAUUUGUAGAGAAAUAGGUCAUAUGCGUAGAAAAUGUCCCAACGUUGCUGGUCCGUCAAACCGACCAACUAGAUAA